UCAAACACAGCUGUACUUGUUCAAUCACACUCACUCCUGUCACCCUGUCUGGGGAACAUCGAGGGCACCAUCACAGUCAGCUCGUUCUUGCGGGACUAAUCAGCACGUUUAUCACUACUGAUUUUCACUAGAAAUUACUUUACUUAGGUGACCUAUAGAGAGGUUUUAUUGCUGACCCCGGGGCUUCUCGGACUCACCGCGCGCUGACCAGCAGCAACUUCGCAAACUUGUUCGUUCACAUCGUCUCUGAGGACUUCACCGAAGCGGCGAUGGAGCAUCAUCGGUGCUUUUACGCGCUUAUUUUAACGCUGAUGUCCUGUGUUCAGUAUUCCCUGAGCAUGGAGAGAAAUAAGGAUAUUCCAACAGAAAAACUACUUGUACUUGCUGUUGCAACACAGGAGACGGAUGGCUUCCACCGCUUCAUGCAGUCAGCAAACUACUUCAAAUUCAAUGUGAAGGUGCUGGGGAUGGGAGAGGAGUGGAAGGGAGGUGAUGUGGGUCGAUCCAUCGGUGGAGGCCAGAAGGUUCGACUGCUAAAGGAAGCCAUGGAGUCUCUGGCUGACCAAGAGGACUUGGUGGUCUUAUUUGUGGACAGUUAUGACCUCAUCUUUGCUGGUGGACCUGAGGAGAUUUUCAGAAAGUUCCAAAAGGCCAAUCAUAAGCUGGUGUUCGCUGCUGAGGGAAUCAUCUGGCCAGAUUCUCGACUGGCAGAGAAGUAUCCUUCUGUCCGCAAUGGGAAACGCUUUCUUAACUCUGGAGGCUUUAUUGGCUAUGCUCGAUACAUUCAGAAGAUUGUGAACCAGUGGGACCUUCAUGAUAAUGAUGAUGAUCAGCUAUUCUACACAAAGGUCUACGUGGAUCCACUUCAGAGGGAAAAACUUAAUAUGACCUUGGACCACAAGUGUGAGAUUUUCCAGAAUUUGAACGGAGCCAUGGAUGAAGUUCUCCUGAAGUUUGGGACGGAGCGAGUGCGAGUGAGAAACACUGUCUACAACAGUCUACCAUCCAUUAUCCAUGGAAAUGUGAACACCAAGAUAUACUUCAAUUACUUGGCCAACUACAUCCCCAAUGUGUGGAACUAUGAGCAAGGCUGUACCAUCUGUGACCAAGACAUGGUGGAUUUGUCUCAGCUUAAAGAAUUUCCACAAGUGACUGUUGGUAUAUACAUUGAGCAGCCGAAUCCAUUCCUGCCAGAGUUCCUGGAGAGGUUCCUGGGUCUAGAUUAUCCCAAUGAUAAACUGAAUGUCUUUGUUCAUAACAGUGAGGUUUACCAUGAGAAGCACAUACAGAAGUUUUGGGAAGAGAACAAGGAUGUAUUCCGCAGUUUUAAAGUUGUUGGCCCCGAGGAGAACUUAACUCAAGGAGAAGCAAGGAACAUGGGAAUGGAUUUGUGCCGGAAGGAUCUUUCUUGUGAUUAUUACUUCAGCAUUGAUGCGGAUGUGAUGCUCACCAACCGACAGACCAUAAAACUCCUCAUCGAACAAAACAGAAAAAUAAUUGGCCCUCUUGUCACCCGUCAUGGAAAAUUGUGGUCCAACUUUUGGGGAGCCCUGAGCCUGGAUGGUUAUUAUGCAAGAUCUGAGGACUACAUUGACAUUGUGCAAGGAAAUCGUGUUGGUGUGUGGAACAUCCCCUUCAUGGCCCACAUCUACCUCAUAAAGGGCCAGACUCUGCGGAAUGAGCUCAAAAAUAGGAAUGUCUUUGUCUUGGAGAGAUUGGACCCCGACAUGGCCAUGUGCAGGAAUGCCAGAGACUUGACAGUACAGAGAGAAAGAGAAUCUCCUUCUCCGGAAUCAUUCCAAAUGCUCAGACCCCCACAGGGAGUUUUCAUGUAUGUUACAAAUCGUCAUGAGUUUGGAAGGCUUAUUUCGACUGCCAACUAUAACACAUCUCAUUAUAACAAUGACCUUUGGCAAAUAUUUGAAAACCCACUGGACUGGAGAGAGAAAUACAUCCAUCCCAACUAUACCCGAAUUUUCACUGACAACGUCUUGGAGCAGCCAUGCCCAGAUGUUUUCUGGUUCCCUGUGCUCUCGGAGAAAGCCUGUGAUGAGCUGGUGGAGGAGAUGGAAAACUAUGGUUCAUGGUCUGGUGGAAGACACAAGGACAAGCGUAUCACUGGAGGCUACGAGACUGUCCCGACAGAUGACAUUCAUAUGAAACAGAUCGAUUUCGAUAAGGAAUGGCUGCACUUUAUCAGAGAAUUCAUCUCCCCUGUCACUCUCAAGGUCUUCUCUGGCUAUUAUACCAAGAGCUAUGCCAUUAUGAACUUUGUGGUGAAGUACACUCCAAACAGACAAGCCUAUCUAAGACCACAUCACGAUUCCUCAACAUUCACCAUUAAUAUAGCUCUCAACAACAAGGGCUUAGAUUUCCAGGGUGGAGGUUGUCGAUUUCACAGAUAUAACUGUUCCAUAGAAUCUCCUAGAAAAGGUUGGAGCUUCAUGCAUCCAGGUAGACUCACUCACCUUCACGAAGGACUACCUACGACCAACGGUACACGCUACAUAGCGGUGUCCUUCAUAGAUCCUUAGACUCCCACAUAGUUCUAGUAGUUCUACACUAGGAAUUUACUAGCCUUGAUAUGUUUGUGUAGUGUCAGUUGUUUGUCUGUUUUUACUGAUUUAUUCUUGGUUUAUGUGUUGUGUGGCUGUUUGUAUUUGCUGUCUUUUGAAACAUUUACUACUGUCGAGAGAAAAUGCUGUUCAACAUAAGUUUAAUAAAGUCGACUGAUGCAUACACACACAUACACAUACACGCGCACGUGCAUUCUGGUAUACUUUCAUACAUAUGAACCUUGUUUCAUUACUCAAAAUUAUGAGAGAUUUGACCAUAAUUUUGUACUUGGGCAAAAAAACAAAUCAGGUGAGGUCAGU